CUCACUCUCUCUCGCUCUCUCGCCUCCACUUCGACCCCAAGCUUAAGCUUAAGCUACCCACACGCGCACGCGGCGACGCCGAUGGCGAGCACCAACAUGGCGUCGGCCACCGCGAGGUUCCUGCUGGCGGCCGCCGGUGGCAACGCGGGCGGCGUCGGCGUCGGCGUGACGACGAGCGGCGGCGGGCCCGGCCGCGUGAGCUUCGCGGCUCCGGCGGGCAGCAGGACCGUCGGGAGGAGGCUGGUGGUGGUCCGCGCCGAGGAGGAGGCAGCGGCGCCGCCGCCCGCGGAGGAGGAGAAGCCGGCGGAGGCCGAGGCGGCCGUGGCGACCAAGGAGCCCGCCGCCGCCAAGCCGCCUCCCAUUGGCCCCAAGAGGGGCACCAAGGUGAAGAUCCUGAGGAGGGAGUCCUACUGGUACAACGGCACUGGCUCCGUCGUCACCGUCGAUCAGGACCCGAACACGCGCUACCCGGUGGUGGUCCGGUUCGCCAAGGUGAACUACGCCGGCGUGUCGACCAACAACUACGCCCUGGACGAGAUCCAGGAGGUGAAAUGAAAUGAUCUGCGUAAUCGGGCAGCAAGAGAUGGAUUUCGUCGACAGCAAAGAAUCAUCAUCUCGAGAGAUUGAUUUACGGACUGAGGGAGGAAUGUCGUGGGAGAAAUCAGUUGGUCGAGCUUGUGUGUAUUAGUGUAAUGGUGGUCUCUUCUUUAUAAUCGUAUAAUACUAUGUAAUGCUUGCCUACUUCCUCGUGGACUGGAUACUCCCUUGCUUAUAACCAUUGUAUUCUUUCUUC